AUGCCCCAUUAUGACACGAAUACUAAUUCUUUUAUGCACAAUCACAAUCUCAAUAUAGCUUCCUUGAACUGCCGCAAUCUCGUCAAAGCAUCGACGCCCGAGAUUAGCUCUGACUUCAUCCGAUACCUCCGUUCCUUACAUUUUGGCAUCCUCUGUGUUCAGGAAUUGCAUGCCGUCGAGACAGUUCAGGACCAACUUCAUAUGCAAUUCCAAGCUCAUGCCACUUUAUGGACACAACAUUGUGGUAUUAUCUCCUUCAAUCCGUUAAUUCAUUUACAAUCUUUAGACUUUAAUCUGGAUCAACGCAUCAUUGCCUGCAAAGUGGUCCAUGCCAAUGCGUUGUUUCCACCCUUCACACUCGUUAACAUCUAUGCACCAGCGCAGUACUUACCCCGAGUGCGGUUUUUUAGAGACUUCUUAGCGUUGCCUCUCUUCAACAUUCCUUCUUCAACCACUCGGGAAUCCUUGCACUCACUAUCUUCCACCCUUGACUCUGAAGCUGCCAACAUCACUCCCAUGCUACUGAUGGGGGAUUUUAACUACCACGCCACUUCUUACUUGACUGAUGAUAGUGAAGACUCUGAAUUUGAUCCUAACAUUAUUCAUUCAGGUGCUGAACUCCAUCGUCACUCUCCACCGUCUCAUCAAUUCCCACUUCUUUGA